CUGUCCGCAGUCUCUGGUCAUUCCCUGCACUGUCCGCAGUCUCUGGUCAUUCCCUGCACUGUCCGCAGUCUCUGGUCAUCCCCUGCGCUGUCCGCAGUCUCUGGUCAUCCCCUGCGCUAUCCGCAGUCUCUGGUCAUCCCCUGCACUGUCCGCAGUCUCUGUCUCUGGUCAUCCCCUGCACUGUGUCCGCAGUCUCUGGUCAUCUCCUGCACUGUGUCCGCAGUCUCUGGUCAUCUCCUGUAUUGUGUCCGCAGUCUCUGGUCAUCUCCUGCACUGUGUCCGCAGUCUCUGGUCAUCCCCUGCACUGUGUCCGCAGUCUCUGGUCAUCCCCUGCACUGUGUCUGCAGUCUCUGGUCAUCCCCUGCACUGUCCGCAGUCUCUGGUCAUCCCCUGCACUGUCCGCAGUCUCUGGUCAUCUCCUGCACUGUGUCCGCAGUCUCUGGUCAUCUCCUGCACUGUGUCCGCAGUCUCUGGUCAUCUCCUGCACUGUGUCCGCAGUCUCUGGUCAUCUCCUGCACUGUGUCCGCAGUCUCUGGUCAUCUCCUGCACUGUGUCCGCAGUCUCUGGUCAUCUCCUGCACUGUGUCCGCAGUCUCUGGUCAUCUCC